ACCUCAAAGCGCAUCUGAAAAAGAAAAAGAUGGAAGUACCCCAGUCUUCUCAAUAUCACGCAUGCGUUGUUUUCUUCUCAUCGACACACACAUACCACAUUCAUCCCCAAUCUAGUGAACCUCUGUUCCCUCCCCUCCAUCGCAUUCGUCGGCAUCCUCUCCUCCAUCGCAGUCGUCGGCAUCCUCUCCGCCUCCAGAUCCGACGGUUGCGCCACAUCGACUCUAACUCCACCACCGACGACCGUCGCCGGAAGCAAAGCCAUCCGGUUCCCUCGUCAAAACACCGCUCUUGGUUUUGUGUGUGGUUUGGUGGUGGGCUGAAGCAAGAACGAAUGAUCUACGUUGAUAGAAAAUUAGAUAAUUAUGGUCUCAAGCAUGGUUUUCUUGUUUCUGAAUUAACUAAUGUUGUAAUUUGAUAGAAAAUUAGUUUUUGUACUUUGAUAGAAAAUUAGUUGAAGCAUGAACGAAGUGUUGUGAAUCAAAUCUGGUGUUUAUGUGAAUCCGGAUACAUUUUUCUGUCAAUAUGAAGGUUGUUGUUUGAUUU